AUUUUGACAUACUCUUAUUUUUGUCGGUAGAUUCACGCAGUUUUUCUACCUAGGCGAAUCUGCUGUUCGCAAACUCCAGACGUACUUUUGCAGUUUGAGACAUGGCUGAUGAUUUGGGAGACGAGUGGUGGACCCAGGGCGAUAAUUCAGGUGUGUCAGAGGCAGAAGAGGACACAGAGCCACUUACAGAAGAACAGCCGAACAAAUCUAAAUUAAAGAAAAGGAAGGGUGAAAAACAGAUUGAAGACAACAGCAACAUAAAGAAGAGGAAGAAAACGGUUAAGAAAGAAUGUUUCAUCACGCAGGAGAGAUCAGAGAAAAAGGGCGAUAAGGAGUCCAACAAAAACAAGAAGAGAAGAAAGAAGAAAACUAUCACAGAUGUGCUGACGAGCUCUGAGCCCGUGGCAGGCUCUCCAGCUGACCUUAUGAGCCUUUUGAAGAGUCACCACAGCAAGACCCGCUCUGUCAUUGAGCAGGACGAAGUGGCACUAAACGAGUCUUGUUUCCUCCGCUGUAAUGACCUUACACAUACCUUGUCUUCCUACCUUAAAGAAGUUUGUCCAAAGUGGGCAAAAAUACAGAAGCAGCACACCCAGGCCCGGUCAGUGGUGUUGCUCAUUGUUUGCGGAUCUGCUCUGAGAACCAUUGAUCUCAUUAAGCAGCUGACUGCGUUCAAAGGAGAAGCUAAAGUGCUGAAGCUGUUCGCAAAACACAUCAAGGUGGAGGAACAGAUAAAGUCAUUGAGUAAAGGUGUUAGCCAUAUUGCUGUUGGAACUCCUGGGAGGAUUUGUGCCCUGUUAGAGAAAGAGGGUUUGACUACACAAGGGCUAAAGUAUCUGGUACUGGACUGGAACCACCGAGAUCAGAAGCAAAGAAGAAUGGUGGAUAUGACAGAGGUGACUGGAGACUUAAUGAAAAUGAUGGACCAUGGUAUAAUCCAGAGCUGCAGGGAAGGAAAUGUUAAAAUUGGACUCUUUUAAGCAGACACUCUAUUCUCUGUUAUUUACACAUUCGUGUUUAUUUACUUGUUCAGCAUGUAAUAGAGCUAUUGUAAUGUAUUUUAGUGCCAUAUGUCUGCUGCGGGAGAAAAAUACAUUGUGUGUGAAUGUUUUUUAGGAAUAAAAAUGUAAAAAAUCUGA